AUGGAAAAUAAAGUGUGUAACGUUCGUAAUUCUAAAAGAAAUCACAGCGAUGAUGAACUAUUAACAUUAAAAACUGGAGAUGCUUAUAUUUCUCCGACAAAAUUAAGAAUAUUGCCAGAAAGUAUCACCAAGUCGAGGUACUAGUUAUUUACAGUUAUUUAAUUUGAAUUUAAAAAGAAAUAAAUUUCUCUUAUUAACCGCUAAUCAGUGGUGACAUGAAUUUGUAUUCUGUAAAGUAGCUGUUUCACAGCCAAAUUAGGUGGGUGGGUACUAUAUAUAGGGCACUUCAUCAUAACAAACAUUAACAAAAAUGUGAAGUCUAAGACCACCUAGACCAGUGGUCGCCAACCGGUGCUCCGUAGNUCUCUUAUUAACCGCUAAUCAGUGGUGACAUGAAUGUGUAUUCUGUAAAGUAGCUGUUUCACAGCCAAAUUAGGUGGGUGGGUAUAUAUAGGGCACUUCAUCAUAACAAACAUUAACAAAAAUGUGAAGUCUAAGACCACCUAGACCAGUGGUCGCCAACCGGUGCUCCGUAGAAAAAAUUGAACUUUAUUUACAAUAUUAGGUAUUCUAUUAACUUUCAAGCGAGCGCGUGUCGUCACGCUAAUUACAUUGUUCAAGAUUUAAAAAAAAACUCAAUAUCAUGAUUACAAUAGGUUCUAAACCCAAAGUAGUGAUAAGUAGGGCUCAGAUUUUAAAGCAAAUGCUUCUUUUUAUAUAUAUAUAUAUAAAAUAGAAAUGUUAUUUUUAUACAUAAAUUCGUUUCACGUCAUUCUGAUUCUAAAUAAACGAAUUUUUUUUGUGUAAAUGCUUUUUUUGCUUUUUUCAGUCAUUCUAGUUAUUAUGUUACAGUAAUAAAAAAAAAAAAAUUAUUUAAUUAAUAAUAAAUGUGAAAACCCGGAUUACGGACUAAAUGGUUAUAUUGUAUUAUUAUAGUUUUUGUUAUCGGCUUGAUUGUAUAUCUAUGUGACUAUGUAUAAUAUAAAUUUAGAUAUUAUAUUUUACCCAUCGACGUUAGAUUAUCGAACUACAGGCAGGUCGAUAGCUUAUCGUCUAUCGGCUAUUGCAUAUUGCUAUUGCAGAACGUACGCUCAGUACUCGUAUAACAUCGAUAUCGACCAGUUCAAAAUUUAAGUUUUAUAGUUUUUUAUAGUGUUGUAAUUUAUAAAAAUGACAAAAGUUAAAACAAAUCCAUUUUUAAAAAAAAUAAUGUUAGAAUUCGGUGAAGAAUUUUUUUCUAACAGAUGGAUCGAUUUUAUAUUGCAAACUUUGUGAAAUAAAAGUGUCAUGUGAAAAAAAAUAUAAUGUACAACAGCAUGUACUGAGAGAAAAACAUGUGCAAGCUGUUAAAAGACAUGAAAAUGAAAAGUCUGCUUUACUUCAAGCGUUUUUGAAACAGUUUAGUAGUCAGUUAGAUUUUAAUGCCGAUUUAUGUUCAACAUUGAUAGCUGCAAAUAUUCCAAUAAAUAAACUAAAUUUUAAACAUUUUUGGAUUAGAAUUAUUAAUGUAAUUUUUCAUAAUACCCAUGGAAGAAUCAUUUGAACUAGUAAUAGUACUUUUAAAAGAAUGCGGUCAAAAAUUGAUUCAAGUCAAUAAAGCAAUAGAUGUUAUUUUUGAUAUGUUACAAAAUAUUCUACAGUUGGACAAGUUAAUAAAAGAGUAAAUAUACAAUAAUUAUAAAUAUUAAAAUACUAAUUUUCUAUCAAAAAAUAAAUAUUAACUUCUAAAAUUUACUUAUGAAAUUUCUCAAUAAAAUAUUUAAAAAUUUGUAUAUAUAAUUGAUUUUAAUUGAUUAAAUAUUUAUUAAAUAAUAUAUUUCUUGACAUUUUUAAAAAACUAUUACAUUAAUUAUAUAACUAUUACUUCAUUUCUAUUUAUGUAUAUUGGUAAUUCUUUAGGUACAAUAUACGAUAGAUGUGAUAUUUCAAAUUCAUAAGGAUAGAUUUAAAGAUCAUCCUGCUAUAAUUGAACAACUUGAUUUAGUUGAAGAGGAUUUACAAUUUACUCAUUUAUUAACUUUAGAUUCUGCUAAAGACCCACAAAAUAUUUUAAGUAAUAAUUACUAAUUGUUUGUAUACUGUUUUUACCUAUGCAUGAACCUUACAGUUGAUUAACUACAAAUACUAAACUUGAUUUCGAGAUGUUUAUAAAUAUGAUCGGGACUUUGAAUCAAAUGAAGACCGUUAUAAAUCAUUACGAAGAGAAAUGUUAGGGUCAGACAAUGAAGACAGAUCAAAUGAGGAUGAAUAAGGAAAAGGUAUAAAAAAAAUUAGUUUAAAAUUAUUUAAAUUUUUUUGGUAGUAUAAAUAUUUUUGGCCUUAUGAAAAAUCAUGUAUCUAACAAUACAUUCUUCCCUUGAUUAUGAAGAAUGUGCCAAUAAAUUAAUGAAAAUGCAAUUUAAACCAGGGUGAGAAAUAGAGAUGUAUAUGUAAUAUGUUUUUGGAUUGUUGUGUUGAACAACAAAUAUAUACAAAGUUUUAAAGGCUUUUAGUACAAGUAAAAUUUAUUUCCAAAAUUAUUAAUGGUCUUCAACAUAUUUCUGUUUACUGGUAAUAAUAUUUUACCAUAAGAUACCAUAAUCUGUAAUAACAAUAAACAUCCUCUUUAGGGAUGUUAUCUUUAUUACUAAUGCUAAGAUUGUUUAAAUUUUUAAAAGUGCAGGUUAUGAUUUUAAACAUUGAAUGGCACACAUUAGCAAUUACAUGUAACAAUAUUGAAUUGAACAUUUUAUAUUUUAUUUGUUUUGGACAAAUUAAAAAAAAAAAAACAUAUUUAAAUUUAAAAUUGUAUUUAUAUAUCUAUAUAUAUAAUUGCAAUUCUAAAUUAAUUUUAUAACAUAAACUGUAGUAUUUGAGUUUUGAAAUACAAUCUAUGCUAUUUUCAUAUUAUUAUGUAUCAUCAAAAAGAAAAAAAUGUUGAAAACCUAUAAAAUAUAAAUGUUUGAAUAUUUAUUUUUAUAUUUUUUUCAGAGAUUUUGACAAAUAAAUAAAGUGUUUAUUGAACCACUGCAAAGAAUUUUCAUUGUUAGUGAUUCUACUGUUAACCAUUUAGAAACAAACAAAAUUACGCAAUGUCCCCAAAUUUUUGCACAUUUAUUAUUUACCGAUUCAAUUUCUUGGACAGUAUUAUCCAAAGUUCAUCUAAAUGAAGAAGAAACCACUUCUUCUUCAUCUAAAUAAAGAAGAAAUCACUUCUUCUAAAAGAAUGUGUAUUAAGAUUAUUUUUCAAGAAUUGGUUGAACAAAUGGAAAUUAAAAAAUUAAAUGCUAGAAUUCAAGACAUUUUAAUUAUUAUUAUUUGAAGGAACAUUAAUAUUAUAUGGAUUGUUUCAGGGAAUUGAGACAAGCAUUUGAAGGAAUAUUUCCUAAAGAUAAUCCAAAAGUUAGAUUUUUCAUUAAUUAUUUUAUCUCUGUUGGUUUGGGUAGUUUAAUGUAAGGGUCAUAUUUAUUCAAUUUUCAAAUAAAGUUUAUUUACUUAUUGCUAAAUUAUAAAUCAUUUAAUUUUUAGUGAUGAAUUACAUGACUUCCUCAGAAUACAACCUAAUCAAGUUUCUGCUGUUGCUAAAAACAUUGACCAACUGUCUGAAUCGUCAGAUAGUAAUGAUGAUAGCAAUUCGAGUACUAGCAAUAUAAAUUGA